GUGGCUCUUAAGGAGCGUGAGAAGCUUAAUCUCAUGGCCUUCCCUCCUAAGCUGGUGGUGGAGCAGUUUACCAUGAUGGAUGCGGAGCUCUUCCAGAAGGUGGUGUCCUCUCCGUGUCUGGGAUCCACCUGGGGCAAGAGGAACAAGCCCGGCAAUGAGCACCAGACACCCAACGUCCAGGCCACCGUCGACCACGAGUUCGAGAUCCUGAAGAACUUCUUCUCGUCCUGCACUGUCAACUCUGCUCUGCAGAAAACCUUCACAAGCCACCUGAAGAACACACGGGGGAAGUUUCCCGGAAGCCAGGACCCUGCUGCUCCUUCUAUCUUCACCACAUCUCCAAGGGGCUGCAUCCUGCCUGCCCCAGGGAUGUGCGUGGCAGAGGAUUCCCAUGGCCCAGGUGGAAAAACAGGCUGCUCAUCCUCAGAUGAGGAAACAGGCUCAAGGAGGCCAGGCCACAAGCCCAAGCUCACACCCAGAGUGAGAGUUGGAGCUGGGCUUGUUCUGGAAUCACAAGACCUUGGAGGAUGGAAUGACAUUGGUACCAGUUGACUCAAGUCAGAUGUCCAGUGUCGGAGGCCAGUGGUGCUGGAGAGAAAUGGGGUGAGGGGAGUAUGGCCUCACUGACACUGUCCUCGACCC